UUUUCUUUUCUUUUUUUUAGGUUUGGAUGGCUCAGAUGCCGGCUUAGCAGCAGUUAUAGAAUCUUUGGGAUUUUGUAUGAAGCUUUGUUGUUCUGAAGCUUCUAUAUUGGAAGACUUGGAAAAGGCAAUCAACUUGGUUCACACACGACGAGAUCUUGUUGAAAGUGGUCGUGCGUUAUUAGAUCAUGCUUACAAGGCACAAAAUGAGUAUGAAAGGACGACAAACUACUGCUUAAAUCUGGCUGCUGACCAAGAGAAGACAGCGACUGAGAAUUGGCUACAUGAAUUGGAUGUAGCUAUUGAUAAUGCUAAACACUGCCUUGACGAGGAAUGCAAGUAUGUUCGGGGCCUGGUAGAUGAAUGGUGGGAACAACCAGCAUCGACUGUAGUUGACUGGGUUACUGUUGAUGGACAAAAUGUUGCUGCAUGGUGUAAUGAUGUGAAGCAGCUUAAGGCAUUUCAUGAUCAGCAACUUUGUUGAAUUCGAUUUUUUAGCAGCUGUUACACAAUGUCUGUAAAUUUUCCUUUUCUCGCUUGCUAGUUCUCUGCAACUUCUUGGGGUUUUGGUAUUUGUCGAUGUUUCUUGCAGCAGCAGCGACAAAGCAGGUCACCUGCAAACCUAGGCGGCAGUUGUUGAAGAACAAUUGAGACUUCAACCUAGACCUAGGGACUGUAAGAAAUUUUGAGCCAACACUAGUCCCGGAGAGGGGGGGGGGGGGGGGGGGGGGGGAAUUUGUUCGAGGUUGAAAUGUAGGUCGAGUGCAAUAUCUUGUUGCAUUUCUCAUUUUGUACAGAAAUUCUUGUGUUAUUUUGAAAAAGAAAAGAAAGAACAGCUUACGUAUGGAAAUCUCAAGGACCUAGUUAUAAAGUAGGUGGUCAGCAUGUUACAGUAUUUGAGCCUCGUUAUAUUUUCCUGUAACACGUUCUGAUUGAUGAGACAAAUCAUUCAAGCUUCUAUGCUUGGUUUAGAUUUUAGUUUUCUUCCUUGUAUGGCUUAGUAGUGGUACGUUUCUUAAAGAAUUUGGUAACUGAACCAAAUUAUAAGAUAGAAGCUGCAGAUUUUGAAGUUUGAAGUGUAUCUAUUAGUCGAAUGAUGGGCAGACAUACUAAUUGCAAUGAUAACGUUGUCCAA